UGUCCCCAGAAGGGGAGAAAAACAGCAGGGGACUGACUGAGAAAAGGAUCAGUCAGACCCUGUGUGACUGGGAAGUACUUUACCUUGCCCAAGCCUGUCUCCAAGGCAAAAAGGGACUGAGCCAGCCAAGGAGAAGCAGUUGUUUGUGCCCCUCCCUUCAAACUGCUCCUGCCGCACAAGUACAUAUGCCACCAUCCAGUGCUGAAGGCAGGGAAAGGAGUGGCAGCUGCUGGCUGGGCACCUGGAUCUGAAAGCAGAGCCACUGCCAGCAGCAGUGCAGCAGAAAGCAGGUGGAAGCAACAGGCAGUAGGACGCUCAGUUCAAUUUAAAAUAGCUUAAAUGACUCAAUAAAGCAUGAAGAAUCCAGUCUCAAGCCCCUGAGGUGCAGGACUCCCUGAAGAGAAUGGAUGAGACAGCCUCAGCAAGGGAAAUGGACACUUGUGAUACCAACUCUUCCUCUAAUGGCUGUGGAUGGGCGCGCCCUGCAGAGGCAGAAACGGCUGGAAAAGAUCUCUCCCGGAUUCAGCAGACCCAGCUAUGAUGAUGGGGAAGGUUCCCUCGUUCUCCCUGGGCUCCACAGUGGGCUCUGCUCUGCCUGGCUACGUCACUCUCUGCCUCGCCCUACAGGUUCACAGGCUGGUGUCAGCACAGUUUACCGUAACUGGACCUGACCAUCCAAUCGCUGCUUCCCUAGGGGGUGAGGCCGUCCUGCCCUGCCACCUUUCACCCAGGAUGAGCGCUCAGAACAUGGAGGUGAGAUGGUUCCGAUCCCAGUUCUCUGCAGUGGUGCACCUGUACCGCGAUGGGCAGGAUCAGUAUGCAGAGCAGAUGUUGGAAUAUCGAGGAAGAACUGAGCUCUUGAGGGACGACAUCACCAAUGGGAGAGUUUCCCUGAGAAUACGUGAUAUCCAGCUCUCCGACAAGGGACAGUACACAUGCUUUUUUCAUUCCAGUGUCACUUAUGAAGAAGCUUUAUUGGAACUGCAGGUGGCAGGUUUGGGCUCUGAUCCUGACAUCUCUGUGGAGGGACAUCAGGACGGAGGGAUCAGGGUGGUGUGUCGAUCAUCCGGAUGGUACCCAAAGCCUGAGGCUCAGUGGAGAGAUCUCCAGGGGCAGCUCUUACCAUCAGCCUCUGAAAACAUAUUCCAAGAGGCUGGUGGCCUGUUUCAGACAGAGAUUGCCAUGGUUCUAAGAGAAGAGUCCAGCCAGAAAGUGUCCUGCUGUAUCAGGAACCCCCAACUCAACCAGGAGAGAGAGUCAGUGAUUUCCAUAGCAGAGCUGUUUUUCCCAAGAGUCAAUCCCUGGAGGGUGGCUCUGGGUCUGAUCCUGCCUCUCCUGGCUGUUCUCAUUGUCCUGGCCGGUUACUGCUUCUGGAGGCAACACAGAGCGAAAGACAAACUCCAGGCUGAGCUCAGGUGGAGAAGCGCCCAGCUCUACGCAGUGGACGUGACUCUGGAUCCCGACACGGCUCAUCCUAACCUCAUUCUCUCUGAGGAUCAGAAAACUGUGACAUACGAUGAAAGACGACAGGAUCUGCCUGACAACCCUGAGAGAUUUAAUACUUUUCCCACUGUCCUGGGCACAAACAGAUUCACGGGCGGGAGGUUUUACUGGGAGGUGGAGGUGGGGGACAAAACGAGUUGGACUGUGGGGGUUUGUAGGGAAUCUGUGAUCAGGACAGGGAAGGUCAGACUCACUCCUGGGAAUGGAUACUGGACAGUGUGGCUGAGGGAUGGGAAAUACGAGGCCUGCACCUCCUCCCCAAGGACCCCCAUCUCUGUGAGCGUCAGGCCCAGCCGGGUGGGGGUUUUCCUGGACUAUGAGGGGGGCGAGGUCUCAUUUUACAAUGUGACUGACAGGUCCCAUCUCUCCACUUUCACUGACACCUUCUCAGGGACACUCCGCCCCUAUUUUUAUGUUGGUUACAAAGAGGAGGGUAAAAACACUGCUCCCCUAAUAAUCUUCCCUGUCCCAGCUCAGGCCAAAGGGAAUCUCUGUCCCUGAGAGUGACACCCGUGGCAGAGACUGUCCCCUCCCAGCGCUGACCAGCCCCCAGGUCUGUUCUAUGGGGAUGGCACAAAGGGCAUCACCUGCCCCCCCCCCCCCAGUUCCCAGUCUCGGGCCUGUGUACUGGGUGGGGGAGGGGGAAGAGACGGGUGUGUGGGGAGCAGGCUGCUGGGUUGUGAGGGUGCAGGUACAGAGGGG